AUGGGUUUUGGGGAGGUUUGGAUGAGUUGGAUGGAAGCUAUGAUUUUCUCUAGCCAUAUGUCGGUAAUAGUUAACGGGAGCCCAACUAAAGAUUUUAGAGUGGAGCGAGGGCUCUGUCAAGGAGAUCCAAUUUCACCUUUACUCUAUGUCAUUGUGGCGGAAUGUUUGAAGUGGUUGAUAAAUAAAGAGGUGGAAAAUGGUAUUUACGCAUGGUGUAGUGUUUAUGGAAAGGGUUUUAUCGACGUGCUUCAAUUCGCGGAAGAUACUCUAAUGGUGGAGGAUGGGAGUUGGAACCAUUUAUGGGCCAUAAAGUGGGUGUUAACAAGUUUUCAUCUCAUAUCGGGGCUGGGCAUAAACUUUCAUAAAAGUAAGUUAAUAGGGAUUAACUUAAGUGAGAAUUUUUUGGAAGUUGCUAGAUCUUUCCUUGCGUUUAAAAGAGAGGACAAUGCGUUUUCUUUUUUGGGCAUCCCGGUUGGUCACAAUCCUAGAAAGCUAUCUACAUGGAGUCCGUUGGUGCAAAAGAUUAAAAGAAGACUUCAAGGGUGGAAAAGUAGGUACCUUAGUCUAGGCGGAAGGAUAACUCUUUUAAAGGCGGUUUUGGGUAGCCUUGCGAUCUUUACGCUAUCAUUCUAUAGAGCGCCUAAGAAAGAAAUCUCAAUUGCUUCUAUGGGAGGAUGGCACCAUAAUAAUUGGAUUUGGUCGGACUACGUGUGCAAUGGUCCAGCAGCAGACUCUGAUUCUGUUCUGGCAGCAAGGGUGACUUCGGAUAGUGGUGAUCACGUUUUGGCAUCGCAACAAGCAGACAAGGCAAGAUGGUUGUACGAAAACAACGACAGGUUUUCGGUGUCUAGCUGCUACAAUGCUAUUAAUUCUGUUCAUAUCCCUUUUGGUCCAAUGGAAAGAAACGAUUUGUCCUACAAGCUUAUAUGGAAAAUGGAGGUGCCCAUGAAGGCCUUUUCUUGGAGAUGUUUUAAGAACAGAUUACCGACACGAGUCGGUUUUGAACAUAGAGGUAUAAUUUCCAAUUCCAACAAUCCUUUUAGUUUUUGUGGUUUACUGGCUGAAACUAUUGACCAUCUGUUCUUGGAAUGUGUUGUCGCAACCUUGGUGUGGAAAGAUAUGGCGGAAUGGAUAGGUUGGAAGGAGGUUAAGUUUGACAGUUUGAAGGAUAGUUAUAUGAAGUGGCACAGAUAUUGUAAUCUCAAGAAAGUUAGGAAAGGAAAAGAAGGGGUUUUGUGGAUGGCCAUUUGUUGGAAUAUGUGGUUGGUAAGGAAUGGUAUAGUUUUUAGAAACGAUUCAUGGAAUAUCAACGAUAUUGUGUGGAGCUCUAAAAUCUUGGCUUGGAGAUGGAUAGUUAUAGGAAAAAUUAGCCUGACCAAUUGUAACUUUGAUAAUUUUAACAAAGAUCCUAUGUUUUUUUUAUCGUAA